GCUGUGUUCAUAUCGGGUUUUCGAAUUUUCAAUACUAGCGUAUAAGUAGUACAAACUCAACAAGAUCUUAGCAAGCUUGAUUUUUCAUACGAAGGGGAAAAAUAUGAAGACAAUGUCCCAGCUGCCAUUUCUGCGUGGCGGUGGUUCGUCACUAGAGGCUUCGUGGAGGAGUGCCGGUACUACGAAUGUUUUGGACGUUUGAAUUUAAUCCAUUUCCGCGAGCGCGGUUGGUGGCACGUACAACUUCCUUAUUAUCCUUAACAGAAUGACGACCGAUGCAUUUCGAUCCUCUUCGGACUCUAUCGCAUCUGACCAUGUCAAAAAUACAUGAGACCAGAAAAAAUUGUUGCACAAACAGGCGUGCUGCGUGCUUCAGCAGCUGCUUCCGCAGCCUUGCAGCACCAAACGAGAGGCACAAUAGCUGGUCUACUUGUCGGCAUAAGGCGCAUGCAUACUGGUACGCGGACUCCCUUGUUACGUGUACAACCACCAAAUAAUGAUCACGCGUAUAGCUCAAGCUCAUCUUCAACAAGUAGUAUGUUCGUCGCGAUGAAGGAGAUGACAACGGUUCGUAGUGCUGACGCACUACUAUCACUUGACCACCUGCAGCGGGUGUACGACCACCUUCUUCCCGCAACGACUAUCACUUUGACAACAGCUUCAGCACCAUCAAGGCCGAUGAAGCCCACGAACCGUGACCCUCUGAAGAAUAUUUUUGGUAGAAGAAUCAUGAUGCCUCAAUCUGAAACUGAAAGUAUAGAAGAGGAGCGAGGAUGCACAGCCACCCCAGCACCACUACAAGCACCCGCAACUUCCUCAGCCGAAGUCGAGAUGUGGUGUUGGUGCCGAGCACCUGCGAAACAUCCGAAGAGGUGCAACCGAGGUGCUUGUCCUCGAAAUAACGUCAUGCGCCGUAUGCGGAAACGUGGCCGAGUUGGGAAGUAGAAGAACAUCCGAUUCAUCUGAUUGAAGUACUUAUGUAGGGUAGAAGUUUGAAUCUUCCUUCAUGAUUCGACACGACACGAUCUUCAUCUGAUCUAAUGCUUCCACCUGGGAAAAUCUAUCACACUAUUUUGAUGACGUGCAAGAAGAUAUAAAGAAAUGGAAUCGGAGAGAGACCACAAGGGA